CGGUAGCACAGGAGCGGUAGCCUCCAGGUGGGAUUUUCUGUUCUCAGAUUUUUGUCUAAGGCGGUCAGGUUUUCCAAGACUAAGCUCCUGUGGAGAAGGUGGUGAGUGGUGUCCCCGCCUCACAGCCCAUGGCGGGAGCCUCCCGUGGUGCUCACCACUCACACGUGGGGUUGGAGCUCGGACCCAUUUCAGGGCCGGGACAGGCCCCGCCAUUCCUGCCGCGGCUUCCGCUCCCGCCGCUCCCGUCCCGCGCGGCCCACAGAGCGCGAUGGCGGCGCCCGCGCUGAGGGGCUUCGCUGAGGUUGGAGUGACCUUUGAGGACAUUGCCCUGUACUUCGCCAGGGAGGAAUGGAGCCUCCUUGAUGAGGGUCAGAGACAGCUGUACCUGACUGUGAUGCUGGAGAACUUUGAACUUGUAUCUUCCUUGGGUUGCUGCUGUGGAGCAGAGAAUGUGGAGGCACCAACAAAACAGAAGGAAUCAGUAAGAGUGUCACAGGGAAGGAAUCCCAAGGUAGCCUUGUCUUCUCAGAAGAGACAUCCCUGUGAGAGUUGUGGGCUCACCUUGGGAUACAUUUUCCAUGUGAUGAAGUUUCAGAGAACACAGAACGGACAGAUACUGUUGAGGUGUGGGGCAUGUGCAGAACAGUUUUCCUUUUGUGUAAAAGGUGACCAACAGCAUGUGAGAGAGAAGAUUUUCAUUACAGAUGUAGACACGAUCUCACAUGCAAACAGUCGCAAUUUCAAUGAGUCCCAGAAUGGUUUCACACGUAGGGAGGUUGGUAAGGGUGUCCUUUUCAAAUCAGGACAUAGCCACCUAAAGGAUACUCUCACCAGGGACAGUGCAAAUGCUAUCUCAGCACAAGAGAUGACUUUUCAAAGGAGAAAAAAUGAUUACACCAGAGAAGAAUGUAGGAAAGACAUUGUUUGCACUGACAUGUUUAUUCAGAAAAGAGGUGUCCAUGUUGAAAACCAAUGUUUUGUGUGCUCUGAAUGUGGGAAAUAUUUUACAACUAGUUCUCGCCUUCAUUAUCAUCAAAGAAUUCAUACAGGAGAAAAGCCUUAUAAAUGCAGUGAUUGUGGAAAAUCUUUUAACACUAAGGGCCACCUUGAUAGACAUCAGAGAGUUCACAGUGGAGAAAAGCCUUUUCAAUGUAGUGAUUGUGAGAAAGCUUUUACCAGUAGCAGUAACCUUCUUAGUCAUCAGAGAGUUCAUACAGGAGAAAAGCCUUAUAAGUGCAGUGAAUGUGAGAAAUCUUUUACCAGUAACAGAAACCUUGUUUGUCAUCAGAUGGUUCACACUGCAGAGAAGCCUUAUCAAUGCAGUGAAUGUGGCAAAACUUUUACACAAAGCAGUGGUCUCCAUUGUCAUCAGAGAGUUCACAGUGGAGAAAAACCUUAUCAAUGUAGUGAGUGUGAGAAAGCUUUUACCAAUAGCAGUCACCUUCGUAUUCAUCAGAGAAUUCACACAGGAGAAAAGCCUUAUCAAUGCAGUGAAUGUGGGAAAUCUUUUAACACUAAGGGCCACCUUGGUAGACAUCAGAGAGUUCACAGUGGAGAAAAGCCUUUUCAAUGUAGUGAGUGUGAGAAAGCUUUUACCAGAAGCUGUAACCUUCGUAGUCAUCAGAGAGUUCAUACAGGAGAAAAGCCUUAUAAAUGCCAUGAAUGUGGGAAAUCUUUUACCAGUAACAGUAACCUUCUUUGUCAUCAGAUGGUUCACACUGGAGAGAAGCCUUAUCAAUGCAGUGAAUGUGGCAAAACUUUUACAGAAAGGAGUAGUCUCCGUUAUCAUCAGAAAGUUCACAGUGGAGAAAAGCCUUAUCAAUGUAGUGAGUGUGAGAAAGCUUUUACCAAUAGCAGUCACCUUCGUAGUCAUCAGAGAGUUCAUACAGGAGAAAAGCCUUAUAAAUGCCAUGAAUGUGGGAAAUAUUUUGCAAGCAGCAGUGGUAUUCGAUAUCAUCAGAAAGUUCACAUUGGAGAAAGUCGUUAAGAGUGCAAGUAAUUUCGAAAACCGGUUUGACUCAGUGUAUGGAGCGUCACCCUGCGGAGUGAAAGGUCCCGGGUUCGAUUCCGGUCAAGGGCCUGUACCUUGGCUGCUGGCACAUC